AUGUCAUUGAAACUACCUCAAAACCCCAACAGUGGUCUGUUCAAGCAGGGGUACAAUAGUUACUCCAAUGCCGACGGGCAAAUCAACAAGUCGAUCAAUGCAAUUCGUGAGAUACAUCAGAUGUGUCUCACUUCAAUGGGUCCAUGUGGUCGGAACAAGGUAAUUGUGAAUCAUUUGGGGAAAGUUAUUGUUACCAACGAUGCGGCCACGAUGCUUCGAGAACUGGAUAUCGUCCAUCCUGCUGUGAAAGUUCUGGUGAUGGCCACGGAACAACAGAAGAUUGACAUGGGUGAUAACACCAAUUUGGUGAUGAUUCUAGCAGGCGAGCUUCUAAUGGUGUGCGAAAAGCUAAUUGCCUUAGGCCUUUCAGCUGUUGAGAUCAUUCAAGGUUUCAACAUGGCCAAGAACUUCACGCUACAGGAGUUGGAUAAGCUAGUCAUCGGGGAGAUCACUGAGAAGACAGAUAAAGAUGAAUUGAUUAAAGUAAUCAAACCAGUGAUCUCAUCUAAAAAAUACGGAAGCGAGGAUCUGUUGAGCAAGCUGGUUGCUGAAGCGGUGUCGCAUGUGUUGCCCCGGUCUGAAUCCAGCUCGCCAUACUUCAACGUCGAUUCCAUCAGAGUAGUCAAAAUAAUGGGUGGCUCUUUGUCCAACUCUACUGUUAUCAAAGGCAUGGUGUUUAACCGUGAGCCAGAGGGUCAUGUCAAAUCACUUCCAGAGGGCGUAAAGCAUAAGGUUGCGGUCUUUACCUGUCCGAUCGAUAUUGCCAACACAGAGACCAAGGGAACUGUCCUUUUGCAUAACGCACAAGAAAUGCUUGACUUCUCCAAAGGUGAGGAGGAGCAGAUCGAUGGGAUGAUGAAGGAAAUCGCCGACAUGGGCAUUACCUGCGUUAUAGCGGGCGCCGGAGUCGGUGAGCUAGCAUUGCACUAUCUGAACAGAUACAAGAUUUUAGUGCUCAAGGUUCCAAGCAAGUUUGAACUAAGAAGAAUUUGCAGAGUUUGCGGAGCAACUCCUCUGCCAAGACUAGGUGCUCCAACCCCUGAAGAAAUCGGUAUUGUGGAGACAGUGAAGACGACAGAAAUAGGAGGUGAUAGAGUAACUGUUUUCAAGCAGGAGUUAGAUGAGAUUACGAGAACGGCUACCAUCGUCCUGAGAGGUGCCACUCAAAAUAACUUGGAUGAUAUCGAAAGAGCAAUCGAUGAUGGUGUCGCAGCCAUCAAGGGACUGAUGAAACCAGCAGGUGGUAAAUUGCUUCCUGGGGCCGGUGCUACGGAGAUCGAGCUCGUCUCAAGAAUCACAAACUAUGGGGAGAGAACACCGGGUCUACUGCAGCUAGCCAUCAAGCAAUUUGCACUAGCUUUUGAGGUCGUGCCACGUACGUUGGCCGAAACUGCGGGCCUAGACGUCAAUGAUGUUCUCCCAAAUUUAUACGCUGCUCACACAAUCAUCAGCGGCGAAGAAGAGCUGCAAAACGAUGACGGCCUAUAUAAAGGCAUUGACAUUCAAAACGAAACAUCGCAAGGUGUGAAGGACAUUAGGGAAGAAGGAAUUUACGAUAUGCUCGCGCCAAAGAAAUUCGCCAUCAAUGUCGCUACAGAGGCCGCCACAACAAUUUUGUCGAUCGACCAGAUUAUCAUGGCUAAGAGGGCUGGUGGCCCCACACCUCCCCCACAAGGUCCAAGGCCAGGCAACUGGGAUCACGACGAUUAA